GAGGUUUACAACCUCUCCUGGGAGUAUCAAACUACCACGUCCGCAGCAGGGUUAGUGAGGGGAAGAGGAGAGGGGGAUCAAAAUAAGGCGGCCGGGGCGACAGGGAACAGAGGACGGACGAGGAGCUCAGACUGCUUUCAUGAAAACACGGUCGGACGCAACAUCUGGAGCAAAGCGCAAGGCCCAAUUCGGACAUUUAAAAUACGCACAGCCUGCAGCGCCAGAGAGGCCUCCCCCCUCCUCUCCUGCUUCCUGCCUCCAGUAACGUCCGAGCAUUUUGGUCCAAUUUCACCAAAACGCCAGGAGAAUGUACGGACCGGACAAAUAACUCCCGUGGUUCAAGUAAUUCGAUUUAUUAAGCAGCAGACACUUGGCGAAGUCUUUUUUUUUUUGUUUUUUGUUGUGCUUUGCGCAAAAGUCGCCCUCUCGCUCGCGCCCGGACACUUUGCGUACGCGCCACGAGUUUGACACAUGAUGGUUUGACAAGGGCGCAAAGGGGGAGGAGAUCGUGAAGUGUUACGAGGAGAUUUGUCCGAUUUUUGAUAAGCUGUCGGUCGUUUUGAUUCGGAGAGAGUCAAGUGAUGGCACUGGGGCUGAGAUCGCUCGUCCUACUGCUGCUGCUGGCGGUGGUGUGGGAGCGGAGCGCGCAGGGAGCGACGGAGCGACAAGUCAAUCCAGAGUCAUGGCUGCAGCAGUACGGUUACCUGCCCCCGGGGGACAUGAGGACCCACUCCCUCCGCUCCCCUCACUCCGUCACCUCAGCCGUCGCCGCCAUGCAGAGGUUCUACGGCCUCACUGUCACCGGCACCUUUGACGACAGCACCGUCAAGGCCAUGAAGCGACCGCGCUGUGGAGUGCCGGAUAAGUUUGGUGCCGAGCUGAAGAGCAACCUGAGGAGGAAGCGAUACGCUAUCCAGGGCCUGAAGUGGAAAAAAAACGACAUCACUUUCUCUAUACAGAACUACACCCCGAAGGUGGGCGAGUACGAGACCCAUGAGGCCAUCAGGAAGGCCUUCAAGGUGUGGGAGAGCGUCACCCCGCUGCGUUUCCGGGAAAUCCCCUACAGCUACAUACGGGACAAAGUGGAGGAGUUUGCCGACAUCAUGCUCUUCUUUGCCGAGGGUUUCCACGGCGACAGCAGCCCGUUCGACGGCGAGGGCGGCUUCCUGGCACACGCCUAUUUCCCCAGUAAUGGCAUUGGCGGAGACACCCACUUUGACGCCGCUGAGCCGUGGACUAUUGGGAACAGGGAUCUGUAUGGCAAUGAUAUAUUCCUGGUUGCUGUGCAUGAGCUGGGCCAUGCUCUGGGUCUGGAGCACUCCAAUGACCCGUCCGCCAUCAUGGCUCCCUUCUACCAGUGGAUGGACACCGACAACUUCCUACUUCCUGACGACGACCGCAGAGGCAUACAGCAACUUUAUGGGUCCGGAUCAGGUCCUCAGCCCCCUCCCGUAACACCCCGGACGCACGACAACAGCCCGGAGCCCACGUAUUCACCAGACAAGCCUACCUUCGGCCCCAACAUCUGUGAUGGACACUUUGACACCAUUGCCAUCCUGAGAGGAGAAAUGUUUGUGUUCAAGGAUAAGUGGUUCUGGCGGGUGCGUAACAACCACGUGUUAGAUGGAUACCCCAUGCCGAUUGGUCACUUCUGGAGGGGAAUGCCCACUCAUAUUAACGCUGCUUUUGAACGGGAUGAUGGGAAAUUCGCUUUCUUUAAAGGGGACAGGUACUGGGUGUUCACUGAGUCUAUUCUGGAUCCUGGUUACCCUAAGAAUCUGAACGAAAUGGGCUCUGGGCUUCCCAAAGAUCGGAUCGACGCUGCUCUCUUCUACACUCCCACUGGACAGACAUUCUUCUUCAGAGCAAACAAGUAUUACCGUUUCAAUGAAGACUCACGAAGUGUUGACGACGGCUAUCCAAAAUCUGUUAGUGUGUGGCAGGGAGUGCCUGACAACAUCAAGUCAGCCUUCAUGAGCAAAGAUCAAGCAUACACCUACUUCUACAAGGCCAACAAGUACUGGAAGUUCAACAACCAGGUGAUGCGUGUGGAGCCAGGAUACCCCAAAUCAGCCCUUCGCGACUGGAUGGGUUGCCCCAAUGAAGACCCCAAGACGGACGGAGGGAAGGGCGGCGGUGGCGGCGGACAUGAUAAGGACAAGGAGAGAGAGAAAGACAAGGAGCGGGAGGACAAGGACAGAGAGAGGGAUAGAGAGAGGGACAGAGAGAGGGAGAGGGAAAGGGAGAGGGAGAGGGAGACGGAGAAGGAGGAGGACACGGAGGUGAUCAUUAUCGAAGUGGAUGAGGAGGGAGGAGCAAGUGGUGGCGCCGGAGCAGCGGCGGUGGUGCUGCCGCUGUUCCUGUUGGUGUGUGUGAUCGCGACGCUGGCGGCCCUGGUGUUUUUCCGUCGGUACGGUACCCCCCGCCGACUCCUCUACUGCCAACGAUCUUUACUGGACAAGGUGUAGACGGAGGAGGAUUGGAGGGAGGGAGGGAGGGAGGGAGGGUGGGAGGGAGGGAGAGCGGAGUGAAAGACGACAAGAAAGAGAGAGAGAGAGAGAGAAAUAAAGUGGAAGGAAACAUUCAACAAAGAUAACAGAGCAGGAGAGAAAGAGGUAAAACAAGAGAAAGAGCAGGAGGAAAAGCACUAGACUUGCAUUUUGAACUAUUUUUACCACUGCCAGAUUCCUUUUGCUCUAUCUCUAAAUCUCCCAACCACUCCAUCCUUACCUUUUCUUUUCUCUCUCUCACUCUCUCGGCCUCUCUCUCUCGUGGUUACCGACGCCAGCUCAUUGCUGUUUGUUUUAGCCUUUUUCAAAGUCUUAUUUUUAGUUUUUUUUCCGUCAGUGGUCAUUGUUUGUGUCCUUGUGAAUCUCCGCUUUGAAACCUGCAUCUUCACGGCGCCCACUCCAGCAUGUUCCUUCGCGUUAUCAAACGGUGUGUCCGAUUCGUUCAUUCCAACCCCCUUUUGUCGACUUGCACAAUCACAUUUCACGCACGCAUCUGGAGACCACGGUGGCAAUUGUCAUCGUGUCUCUUCAUCUUCCAGUAAAGCAAAACAUGUCAGAGCCAGUGUGGACCAUAAAAGGGAAACAAAACAUUGGCUUGUGUCCUCAUGAGGCAUGAGCUACACUCGUAUCAGAGUAAAGCAAUAAACACAGCUGCCUUGUCCUUUUCCAUAUCAAUGUCUAGUGCUGAUUAUUAUUAUAAAUGAUGUUGUCAUUAUUAUUAUGACCAUUACUAUUAUUGUUGUUGUCUUCCGUGUAAAGAAUGUGUUUUUGUACAUUGUCAUUAAAAAGUCCUGCUGGACAGUGACAUACAGUUUUGAAAAGGGGCCUUAAUUUUAUAUUUGUGGGGACAGUGAACGGGGAAGGGGGAUGUGUAUUCUUGAGACUUGAUUGUUUUUUUUGUUUUUUUUUACCUUGAAUCCAUCUCAAAUGAAAAUAAAUUGACAAUCUAAAAAAAAAAAGACUCCUUUCUGUCAUUGUACUUGUUUACAGAUCUUUCAAAUCGUGGUGCUACGUUACAAGUCAGGGGUUAAAAGCGGCUUAUGAGCAAUGAUAAUGAUACUAGUGGUGAUGAUGAUGAUAAUAAUGAUCUAGUUUUUUUCCAAUGAGAUUGUGUGUGUGUCCUUAACUCAUAUAUAAUUUUAAGCUUUUCUUACAAAAUAAAGUAAUUUCAAAAGGC